AUGUCUUCCACAUCAUCUCCACCCGAAGGAUCGAAAGCUGUGGCCCGGACCGGUAGCGAUGGUAACACAGCUGAAGCACCGGGAAAGGGAGGCACCAAAGCCAGUAGACAGAGGUUUAAGCCCCAAUUAUCCUGCACCUUGUUGGGUUGCAAGUUUGGCAAGGCACCUCUUUGCGGUAAAUUAGCAAUACAUCCAGUCCAGAAAGCUAUGUUUACUCAGCUCAAAUGCGACAGAAACUCACCAUGCCAAAACUGCAUUAAAAGAGAUCUUGCGGCCACUUGUACAUAUGUACACGCUGGACUCCGUGGAUCGAAACAGUCUUCGGUCCACAAAUCUACCAACCUAUCUCAAAGGGAUGUUCAGAGCCAGAUAUCCCGUUUGGAAGAACUGGUGGUGUCUUUGAUGAAUAAAAGCCGUGCUGCUGGUAGUACCAACAAACCAGGGGCCCCUCAAACACAAUCGAGUGAUGAUACGUCUUCACCAAACUUCGAGCUUACAACGACUGAUGAUCAGUGGACCGAAAUUACUGGUGUCAAGAAUGCGACUGAGUCUCUUGGUAUGAUCAAUAUCAAGGAUAACCAACCCAGCUAUGUUGAAAGCUCUCACUGGACUGCUAUCCUAGAUAAUAUCGCUUGCUUAAAAGAUUGCCUGGACCCCAAAGACGAGCCCGCAGAAAAGCAGCAGUUCCCUCCUAAACCACCAGGUCCAGAUCUUCUAGUUGGAAGUAUCAGAGGUGCAACCAGAACCGAAAUCCUGGCCUCACUCCCAUCCAGAAAUCGAGUUGACCGACUUGUUGAAGCGUACUUCUCCGAGCUAGACAUGGGUGCAAUUAUACUACAUAAACCUACGUUCGAGAAGGAGUACGAGUCUUUCUGGGCAAAUCCAGCCGACACGCCAAUCAUGUGGAUCGGAAUGCUUUACGCAAUCAUUUGUCAAGCGACUCAAUUUGAGACUAUGACGGGGUUAAAACCAACCUUUGACACUCAAGAUAUCGCCAUCCAGGAUCUUGAGCAGUUGGUUGACAUGUUCAGAGAGAAAACUGUUCAAUGCCUCGUACUAGGAAAUUAUACCGAACCUGGUCCAUACACGAUCGAAACACUUUGCUUCUACUACAUUAGCGAGCAUUUCAGAUCACCUGAUACGAUGUUCGGAUUGUGGAUGGUCUGGGGAAUCAUCAUCAGAGCAGCUCUGAGACUUGGGCUUCAUCGUGAUGGCUCAAACUACCCUGCAGUGUCGGCCUUUCAGGCAGAGAUGAACCGCCGUCGAUGGUCUGCUCUCGUACAUCUGGACAUUAUGACAUCUUGCCAAGUUGGAUUGCCUCGCAUGCUCAAAGAAGAAAUGUAUGACACUACAAAGGCGUCCAAUUUGGAGGAUGUUGAUUUCGACCAGAAUGUGAAGGUCUUACCCCCACCCAGACCGGCCAGCGAGUUGACGCCCAUUGGAUUUCACAACAUCAAGGGUCUAUUUUCUUCAGUCUUUGGACGUAUAGUAGAUCAAGCGUCCUCAACCAAAGCUGUCUCUUACGAUGAAAUCAUGAAGUUAGAUAAAAUGCUUCACGAAGCCCAUCAAAAAACUCCAGAAGAGAUGCGUGUUAUUGGCCCUGAAGAUCUCCAAACAGGGACAAUAACAUCGAGGAAUCGAAAGUUCACUUGCGCCCUGACCUACCAAAAGGCUUGUUGUUUUCUUCACAGGAGAUUCUUCAUACUUUCCAAGUCAACUUCUACGUAUCCUUAUCCAUAUUCUAUGAAGUCAUGCGUUGAUGCUGCUUCGGACAUGAUCAAGGUUCAGAUUUACAUGCAUGGCCAACAGAAACCUGGAAUGCCGCUCUAUACUUCCCGCUGGAAGACCUCAUCUCUCAUGACGCAGGACUAUCUACUGGCUGACAUGCUCUUGUGCCUGUACCUUGGACAUUGCGUCUCUGUUCCAGGGCUCGAAGAGAAAAAUGCAAAGAUGGGUAUCCGAGUAAAGUCGAGUCGAGAAGAGAUGCUUCGUAUAUUGGAUGGAUCUCUGGAGAUUUGGGAAGAGGCCAGCCCCCAUUCCACCGAAGCCGCAAAGGCAGCAACGGCCUUGAAGCAAAUGUUGAAGAAAGUCAGAGCUGUCAAUACAAGCAAACCAGUUGAGCCCUCGCGCAUAUCACAUGUUCAAGCGGUUUCAGGACCAACCAUAACACCACAGACUCAUGCCAGUCAUACCAAUGCAUAUCCUUGGAUACAGCAAAUACCAUCGAAGCCCAUUACAUUCGACUGGCAGUCACCACCGUCGUUUGAUAAUACACCGACACCGAGUUCCGGUUCAGAUUCUGUUGCCACGAAUAACUUGUAUCCUGGACAAAUGCUGAACGAUCAAGGCCCGCUCAUGGAUCUAGAUUGGGAUAUCUGGGACGCUCAAUUCCAAGACCAAGCGGGUCUCAGCGAGUGGAAUUUCAGCACCGCACCCAUCUUACCCUUACCUCAAGACAAUAACAUGAAUUUCGGUCAGUGGUAG